AUGGACGGGGAGAUUGCAGAACUACGACGUCAGCUUGUAGAAGCGCAGCGGCUUCGAGAGGAAGCAGAGCAAGGCCAGAAAGAGGCGGAGCGUCGCCGGGAAGAAGCAGAGCGUCAAGUCGAGCAGAAUUCGUUACCAGGAUUACUAAAGGACUGCCAUAAGCUCUCCCAGGCAAUCCGCGUCGAAACGAAGGUGACGUGGACGACGCAGGGGGAUACCACGAAUCCAGUUAACAGGUUGUUCCCCAAGCGCAUCGUGCCCUGGACUGAGUUCCCUCGGCUACAGGAGAAGAUAUGGGACAAGUUGAAUCGCGAUCGUACGUUUAUUCGCAAGCGCCUCUUUCAGAAUAACAAUUUCCUCGACCAAAUCCACACCUACUUCCAAAGGCAUCUAAUUUUCUCUGAGGAAUCAUUGCGUUAUUUUCAGAGGGAUACCAUAGAAAGGUUUGUGGAUGACAUCCUUGAUGCGUUGGUGCUUACCGAUGUCACAACAGACACAAAGCAGGAAGCUCACCAGAGUAAAUCUACAGGCCAGCACGAUUAUCAGGGUCAGUGA